AUGCAGUCCAUGAAAGCGGACGAGCUCCCGGAGAAUCCACGGGAGCGUUCCAAUCCCAUCUCAUCGCUCUUCUUCUGUUUUGCCCUUCCCGUACUCUUCAAGGGUCGCAAGAAGACGCUGGAACAGAAGGAUCUCUACAGGGCCCUCAGGGAACACAAAUCGGAUUCCUUGGGUGAUCGGUUGUGCAAAGCUUGGGAUGAGCAAUCGGGAAAAAAUGAGCUCCCCAGCCUGCGUCGUACUAUGGUGAAAGUUUUUGGAUGGCACUUGGCAUUUACAGGAUUGUCUCUAUUCCUCCAGGAGUUCCUAACCAAGAUCACCCAGCCAAUAUGUCUUUUUGGACUAUUGGCCUACUUUUCUGGCAAGGAUCCGGAUCUGACCAAGGCCCAGCUCUAUGCAGCUGGUCUCAUUGCUGGGUCGGUGUUUAGUGUUAUGUUAGGUCAUCCUUAUAUGCUGGGGCUACUGCAUCUUGGCAUGAAAAUGCGUGUCGCUCUCAGUAGCCUGAUUUAUCGGAAAGCUCUAAGACUAAGUAGAACUGCCUUAGGAGAUACCACCGUGGGCCAGGUCGUCAAUCUCCUCUCCAAUGAUGUUGGACGUUUCGAUACCGUCCUAAUCAACGUGCACUACCUGUGGUUGGCUCCACUUGAACUGAUUCUAGUCACAUACCUGAUGUACCUUGAGAUCGGAGUAUCUUCCUUGUUUGGAAUAGCUGUUAUGCUGUUGUUUCUUCCCUUCCAGUCCUAUCUGGGCAAGAGGACCAGUGUCCUGCGGCUAAGGACGGCCCUAAGGACCGACGAGCGUGUCCGCAUGAUGAACGAAAUCAUUUCGGGAAUCCAGGUCAUCAAAAUGUAUGCCUGGGAAAAGCCAUUCGGCAAGUUGGUGGAGCUGACCCGCUUCAAUGAGAUGGUGUGCAUCAAGCAAGUCAACUACAUCCGCGGAAUACUCCUAAGUUUCGCCAUGUUCCUGUCCCGCAUCUUCGUGUCCUCGAGCCUGAUCGCCUUCGUCCUGUUGGGCAACAUACUCGAUGCCGAGAAGGCCUUCUUUGUCACUGCCUAUUACAAUAUCUUGCGGCGAUCUGUUACGAUGUUCUUCCCCCAGGGAAUCUCUCAGUUUGCCGAGCUCAUGGUCUCCAUACGGCGCUUGGAGACGUUUAUGCAUCGCCCCGAGACUCAGGUCAGGGAUAAGUCAAUAACGCCGAGUCCUAUUCCCAAAUCUGAUAUUGCCUUGAAUGGGGACAGCCCCAAGAGCAACGGCCUGUCGGACAACCUGAUAGAGUUCAGCCAGUUCCAGGCUCGAUGGGAGAGCCACUCGGUAGAGCCCACUUUGGAGGACAUUAAUCUUCAACUGGGUCGUCGGAAGCUAGUUGCUGUCAUCGGGCCUGUGGGCGCCGGAAAGUCCAGUCUGAUUCAGGCGAUUCUUGGCGAGCUACCGGCGGAGAGUGGGCACCUAAAGGUCUGUGGUAGCUACUCGUAUGCGGCGCAGGAACCGUGGCUCUUUACAGGCACAGUGCGUGACAAUAUACUGUUCGGUUUGGAGUUAGAUAAGCACCGCUACCGCACUGUUGUAAAGAAGUGCGCCCUGGAAAGGGACUUUGAACUUCUGCCCUACGGGGACAAGACGAUUGUCGGCGAACGCGGAGCAUCCCUAUCCGGCGGGCAGAAGGCCAGGAUUAGUUUGGCGAGGGCAGUGUACCGGCGAGCGGACAUCUACCUUCUCGAUGAUCCCCUCAGCGCGGUGGACACCCACGUGGGUCGGCACUUGUUUGACCAGUGCAUGCGUGGCUACCUGCGAAGUGAGCUCGUUAUCCUGGUCACGCAUCAGCUGCAGUUCCUGGAGCAGGCGGAUCUCAUCGUAAUCAUGGACAAGGGACGGAUCAGCGCCAUGGGCACCUACUCCUCGAUGAAGCGCAGUGGCUUGGACUUUGCCCAGCUGCUGACAGCGCCGAAUGAAACGGAUGAGUCCUUCGACGAGUUGGAGGUUCCACCUGGAGACGGGGUGGACCGUCUGAGUGUGCCCUCGCUGAGCAGGAGGGACAGCAGGGUCAGUAAGCCGAGCACUCGGAACAACAGCUUCACUUCCCUCAGUUCCAUGGCAGAGUCGAUGGCCCAAGAGGCGGCCCUGCAGAUGCAGGAGACCCGUGUGGAGGGCAAGAUUGGCCUAGGACUAUACAAAGAAUACCUCACAGCCGGUAGCAGCUGGUGCAUGCUCUUCUUUAUCCUUUUUCUCUGCCUGGCCACUCAGAUCCUGAGCUCAGCGGCGGACUACUUCUUGGCCUAUUGGUGAGUAGACUUAUCCAUGAUUCAGUCCAAAAACUAGAGAUUUCUUACUCAUUGCAGGGUUGACAAAAAUAAGGACAAGGCGGAUAUGAAAACCGAUCCGGAGGACAUGUAUUACUUCACUGCCCUCAACAUAGCCGUGGUGGUGUUCACCAUUGUUCGCACGAUGCUCUUCUACCAGAUGGCGAUGCGGAGCUCCAAGCAACUGCACAACGCCAUGUAUCGGGGCAUCACGCGGGCGGCCAUGUACUUCUUUAACACGAACCCCUCGGGCCGCAUUCUGAAUCGCUUUUCCAAGGAUCUGGGCCAGAUUGACGAACUACUGCCCUCCGUUAUGCUGGACGUGGUGCAGAUAUUCCUCACCCUGAGUGGCAUCGUCGCUGUCAUCUGCAUAACGAAUCCGUACUACUUCAUCCUGACCCUUGCCUUGGCUAUAAUUUUCUACUACAUCAGAGAUUUCUACCUGAAGACCUCCAGGGAUGUAAAGCGAUUGGAGGCGGUGGCCAGAUCGCCGAUAUACUCGCACCUGAGCACCACCAUUAGUGGCCUGCCCACCAUCCGGGCCCUGGGAGCUCAGAAGGAACUAAUCGCGGAAUUCGACAAUCUGCAGGAUCUGCAUAGUUCUGGAUACUACACUUUUCUGGCCACGAACCGAGCCUUUGGCUACUACCUUGACUGCUUCUGCACCUUGUACAUUGUGGUCAUCAUCCUCAACUACUUCAUCAAUCCACCGCAGAGUACUGGAGAGGUGGGCCUGGCCAUUACCCAGGCGAUGGGCAUGACUGGCAUGGUGCAGUGGGGAAUGCGGCAGUCGGCGGAGCUGGAGAACACGAUGACAGCCGUGGAGCGGGUGGUGGAGUACGACGAGAUUGAGCCGGAGGGAGAGUUCGAGUCUAGGCCGGGCAAGAAGCCAUCGCCGAGCUGGCCCGAGAAGGGCGAGAUCGUGGCCGAGGACCUGUGCCUACGGUACUUCCCGGACCCGCAGUCCAAGUACGUUCUCAAGGCCCUCAACUUCCAGAUAAGGCCCCGCGAAAAGAUCGGCAUUGUGGGACGAACUGGGGCCGGCAAGUCAUCACUGAUCAACGCCCUUUUCCGUCUCUCCUACAACGAAGGCACCAUCACCAUCGAUGAUCGGGACACGGCCGAGAUGGGACUCUUCGACCUGCGCAGCAAAAUAUCCAUCAUCCCUCAGGAGCCAGUGCUCUUCUCGGGCAGCAUGCGCUACAACCUCGAUCCGUUCGAGGAGUACCAGGACGCCAAGUUGUGGGAGGCUCUGGAGGAGGUUAAACUGAAGCCCGUGAUCUCCGAGCUUCCCAGUGGACUGCAGAGCAAAAUCAGCGAGGGCGGAACCAACUUCAGUGUUGGCCAGCGCCAACUGGUCUGCCUGGCCAGGGCCAUCCUCCGGGAGAACCGUGUCCUGGUCAUGGACGAAGCCACUGCCAAUGUAGAUCCGCAAACUGACGCCCUCAUCCAGGCGACCAUAAGGAGCAAAUUCCGGGACUGCACGGUGCUGACGAUUGCCCAUCGACUCAAUACCAUCAUGGACUCCGAUCGAGUGCUGGUUAUGGAUGCCGGACAUCUAGUGGAGUUUGGUUCGCCCUAUGAACUCCUCACCGCCACUGAUUCCAAGAUCUUCCAUGGCAUGGUGAUGGAGACGGGCCAGAGCAGCUUCGAUGGACUUCUCAAAGUAGCAGAAAAGGCUCAUCUGGAAACUCAGAAGCCUAAAGCCGAGUAGGUUCCCCUACUGGGACACAAAAAAAGUUCUCAUUUCCUGGCUGUAAGCCCUGCAAAGUGUACCUAAUCCAGCCAGCUGCAUUUAAGUUAAUGUUCUACUUAAAGUAUUACUCCCUCGAACCAUAAAUACUUAUGAAACUUCCAUGUGGUAGAUAUACUGUAAAAUACACAAAUUCAUUAAACUUUUUAACGUAUAAA